AUGGCGACGUGUUUCACAAUAUCUCUGAUGUUUCUACUCAUGACUGCUGAUGUUGAUGGUCAGCAGGUUUGGGGAGUGAAUUACAAUCCUUCAUAUGUUUGUGCAGUAAGAGGCUCAACAGUGAGAAUGUCCUGUAUUUAUACUCGUGAUUAUUGGAUCACAUCAUCAUACUGGACCAAAACGACACAUAAACCUGUUUCAGUGUCACCAAACCUGUGUUCUGACACAUAUUACAGGGAAAAGGUUCAGUGUCACACUAACAGAAUCACUUUAACACAUGUGACAGAAGCUGAUAAAGGCGUUUACUACUCCAUAUUUACAAAAGGAUACAGUGGAGAAUGGAGAGGGACUCCUGGAGUUCAGCUUGAUGUCACAGACCUCCAGGUGGAGACACAACAGAGAGUGAAAGAGGGAGAUUCAGUCACUCUUACAUGUAAAACCACCUGCAGACUGACUGAAGAAACAACAUUCAUCUGGUACAGAAACACACAGACAUUAACUGAACACACAGUGAAGGGCUUUCAUCUGCAGUCAGUCAGUCGUCAUGAUUCAGGACUCUAUAGAUGUGCUAUAAGAGGAUCUGAACAUCUGUCCUCUCCUGGUGUUUAUCUCAAUUUAGAAUAUGCACCAAGAAAUGUCUCAGUGUCCAUCAGUUCUUCUGGUGUAAUAGUGGAGGGUGAUUCAGUGAAUCUGACCUGCAGCAGUGAAUCAAAUCCACCUGUUCACAUCUACAGCUGGUUUAAAGGAGGAAAACUUGUAGGAUCUGGAAACAUCUACAGCAUCACAAGUGUCAGAUCAAAUCACAGUGGAAAAUACAAGUGCAAGACCAGAAAUAAACAUGGAUUGAAAUAUUCAGAAGCUGUGAUAAUGGAUGUGAUGUAUGCACCAAGAAAUGUCUCGGUGUCCAUCAGUUCUUCUGGUGUAAUAGUGGAGGGUGAUUCAGUGACUCUGACCUGCAGCAGUGAAUCAAAUCCACCUGUUCACAUCUACAGCUGGUUUAAAGGAGGAAAACUUGUAGGAUCUGGAAACAUCUACAGAAUCUCAAACAUCAGAUCAGAUCACAGUGGAGAAUACAAGUGCAAGACCAGAAAUAAACAUGGAUUGAAAUAUUCAGAAGCUGUGAUAAUGGAUGUGAUGUAUGCACCAAGAAAUGUCUCGGUUUCCAUCAGUUCUUCUGGUGUAAUAGUGGAGGGUGAUUCAGUGACUCUGACCUGCAGCAGUGAAUCAAAUCCACCUGUUCACAUCUACAGCUGGUUUAAAGAGAAUCAAACAUCAUCUGUUGGAUCUGGACAGACGUUCAGCAUCACUAACAUUAAUUCUAGUCUCAGUGGAUGGUUUUACUGUGUGGCUCAGAAUAAACAUGGAUCUCAGAGAUCAGCUGCUGUAUCACUCACUAUAACAGGAGUUAAGGGUUCUGUUCUGUACACAGUUUCUGGUAUUGUGGCAGGAUGUGGAGGAUUGUUCUUCAUCAUCAUCUUCAUUAUCCUGUUUAUUAAGAAGAGGAGGACUGAUAGUAGAGCAGAACACAUGAAUCAGAAACAGACGGCUGACUUGAGUGAUGAUACAUACACAGCUCUGAAUCCUGCGUCCAGAACAUCUGCAGACAUUUACAACACAAUCAGAUCGGAUCAGUGCAGGGCUGCUGAUGGCGUCUACACGACUCUUGAGCUUCAGUCCAGAUCUUCUGAAUAUGAUACAAUAGCAGUAAACACACAUUAA